UGCUCGGCUGACUUGCACGCCUACGUCGAAUUUAAUUCCGAUUGGAGGAAAUGGCCCCCAAUUCUUCGCCCAAACUUUCGCAGCUAAUUUCUCCUCGAUUUGGCGAUGCCGGCGGCGCUGUUCUCCUCCCCAGCAGCCGCCGGGGCGCUUGCAGCAUCAAGCUGGCGAUGUCGACUCGGGGUUGGAGGCGACAGGCUCCUCGAUACUACGGCCCAAGCCAUAUCUAUCGAGGGGCGUCGUCUGAGCUUCUCUGUGGCGUCGAAGCACAGCGCGGCGUUGCCUAUUCUGAAGGACUGUUCACUUCGUGUUCCCGCGGGGCAGCUCUGGAUGCUUCUCGGCCUUAAUGGAUGUGGCAAAUCCACCCUUCUAAAGGUCUUAGCCGGGCUCCUUAAACCAACAGAAGGCACCUUGCGUGUGAAUAAGCCAAAAAGCUUUGUGUUCCAGAAUCCUGAUCACCAGGUUGUGAUGCCCACAGUAGAAGCAGAUGUAGCAUUUGGUCUUGGCAAAUUUCAUUUGACACCAGAUGAAGUAAAAUCAAGAGUCUCAGUUGCUUUGGAUGCUGUUGGCAUGUUGAAAUACUCGCAAAGGCCGAUUCAGACUCUCAGUGGCGGUCAGAAGCAAAGAGUUGCUAUUGCUGGUGCUCUAGCUGAAGCAUGCAAAGUUCUACUAUUGGAUGAGUUGACAACUUUUUUGGAUGAGUAUGACCAGCUGGGAGUAAUCAAAGCAGUUAAGAACUGUGUUUCUAGUAAUGGAGAAGUUGCUGCAUUGUGGGUAACACAUCGGCUAGAAGAACUGAAGUAUGCAGAUGGUGCUUUUUAUAUGGAAGAUGGACGUAUUGUUACGCAUGGUGAUGUUCCAAGUAUCAUUGAUUUCCUGAAACAAAAGCAAGCGAACUACAUUGAACAUUUCAAUCUGUAAUUUUUUUUUUCUUAUGUGAAUUUGAACGAGUAACUGAUACCUGUAUGGCUU